CCUCUCUGCAUUUCUACAUGAACUCAUCGAUUGAAUAAAUAAAAAUCUGUGUCUUCUUUGAAUCGAAGAUUAAAAUCAAGAACCUUGUUUACACCGGAUCCAGUCGAAAAUAAAGAUCAGCGCUUUUGAUUCCUCUAGGGUUUAAGUUUUUUCUUUGUAACUCUUGUCUCUGAAUACUUAUCUGUGUUUGUCAUUAAUCUUUCUGGGUUCUGUGUCUUUUGAAGAACAGGAACUACAGUGAAGGCUGAUUGUUGGGUUUCUAAGAAGAAAUCGGGAUAUAGCAAAAAGGCGUUUGUAACGCGGAUUUAUGUCGGCUGUGAUUGAAUCGGCUGUGAUUUUGUCUCUGUUUCACAUCUCCUUUCCGACUCGAUCGUCUUCUACCUCGUCUUCUUUGUUCUUUGGUUUGACGACUGUUCUUAACGCUCUUCGCUUCUGCUCCAAGCAGAGGCUUAUUCUGGAGGUUCCAUCCAUUUCCAUGGGCUUAAGACCUAAAAGGACUUGUUCUGGUGUCGAAGUAUUUGGGGGUUUUCACAAAAAGCAAAAAUUACCCUUUUUCAUAGUUCGCUAAAACAAAGCUUGAAUUUUUUUGCCAAAACCCUUGUCUGAUUCAGCAGUUUUGAGUUGGGUUUUGCUGUUUUCUUGGUGUAUUGAAGUGUGAAUCAGAUAUGAAGUCCUGUAUGAAACCUGAAAGAGAAAAUUUGGUGAGAAAAGUCCGUAUUGUUGUCACUGAUCCUUAUGCUACUGAUGAUUCCUCUAGCGACGAAUGGAUCGAACCUAAACCUCCAAAGGUAAAGCGUAUAGUCCAUGAGAUUACUCUCCCCUCUCAGUUAUCCGAGAGCUGUCUGGAUCGUUGCAAUGGUGUCAAAACCUCUAGAAAGAGCGCUCCUAGGCAAUCCAACAAGCUUGUGGGAGUUAGGCUGAGGCCAUCAGGCAAAUGGGCUGCUGAGAUUAGAAACCCCAUCACUAGAACUAAGAAAUGGUUGGGUACUUAUGACACUCCUGAAGAAGCUGCGAAGGCUUAUGCUGACAAGAAACUUGAGUAUGAUGCAUUGGGCUCUUCGUGUUCCGUUGCUUCCUCAUCGGUUGUAUCAGUGAAUAGCUCGUGCUUGCGUUCGCCUGAUUCUGCUUCUGUUUCUUGCGUCAAUGUCGAUGAUUUGUCUGAAGAAAAGAUGUCUCUCAACAAGGAUGUUGCUUCUUCUGGUGAUUCAACCAAGGAAUUGCUCUUCGAUUUCGACUUUUCGAAUCUGGAAAUCCCUGAUCUGAGCUUCUUAGCAGCUGAAGAGGAUUCUAUGGUUUCUGGCGAAAAGGGUGUGGAGCUAGACUUUGAUCGUUUCCUUAUGGAUGAAGAUUCUGGCCAUCAUCUGCUGGAUGAUUUCUCUUUGCUCGAUAAUGAUAUCAACAUUUUGGGGAGUGAUCUACCUGACUGCGAUUUCACAGAUGCGGAACUUGAGCUUGGUGAUUUGAAGUUUGCCUUUUCCGAUCAACUGGCGCCUCCUCUCAAUAUCGCUUGCCCCUGAAGCUUUGCAGCUUUUUAUCGGUUUUAUCGUGUUCCGAAUAAUAGCCGUUUCUUCUUAGACAAAUAGGAACUGUGGAAGCUUAAUUUCGUUUUGAAGCUCUUAGCUUCGUUUGCUGUUUCACAGGAACAUGAAAAAAAAAUGUAGAAAAUAAUUAUAUUGUGGUUUGAUCCCUUUGGAUGUUGGCUUAUCUCAUCUUUUCUCAA